GCAUCGAUCCCCAGCUGCUGGCAGCUAGCUCUAUCUAGUUACCUAGUACUUCGUAGACAUCAUCUGUAAAACUGUUCUUGCAUUUUUGUAGAGUCUAUGAUUUGCUUACUAUGAUCUUCAUACUUUCGUUACAUUAAUAUUAUUGGUUUUUUUUUUUUUUCUUUUUUCCUUCUAUUUCGUUUCUCCUAUACGGCUGGCCAUUUUGAAAUUAAAUUUAUUCAAUUAUUGAAACAUACCUACUUGAGGGAUGCCGCUUAAUACCUACUCCUAACAGCUGGGCUAGUAGUGAGUGAAGAUAUAUUAAAUCAAAGACAAUAAAACACGAUGAUCGCAGACCUCCUGAACUCCCUCGCCAACGACGCCGAUGAUUCGGACGGCGUGGCGCAAUUGAUUGUUACUGCCCUGGGGUCCUCCGGGCAGCACUACGUGUGUUGGAAGACUCAUUCUGGGGAAUACAGACAACGCAAGUCCAUAGUUAUAGCCACCUCAGCCUACCACCAAUACAUGCUAACCCUCUCGCCUCCAGAAUCCAGCAGCCUCCCCACCCGCCUCCAAGACUGGCUCUUCCCCUCCGACGGCAGCACGCGGGACUUCGAGACCCUGCAGGUCGUCCUCUCCGGCGAAGACACCUUCUGGGCAUCGGACCGGAACGGCGAAGUCCGCAGCGAGCCCUCAGGCACCCAGCAGCAACGGCUGCGGCGCGCCCUGACCAUCAGCGGCGAGAGCCCGAACUCCUCUCCCGCACACCGACGGCGGUCCAGCCGAGCGCGCGAACUCGCCACCGAAGCCGACGGCGAGCGGCCGCGCUCGAACACGCUGCCGGCGUCGCAGUCGCCGGUCGCGGACAACUCCCCCCCCGGACCGCAGCCGCAGCCGCAGCCAAGGCCGCUGAAGCCGCUGGCAACGCACACGCGCUCGUCGUCGGUGGACAAGCUGCGGCGGAUCUCGAUCGUCCCGCUCGCGUUCCACCAGCAGCGGCGGUCGUGGGCCACGCGGCCGCGGAGCCUGGUGUACGGGCGGGAUGAGCUGGAGGUGCUGAAGGAGCAGCCGAGCCCGGAGAUCGCUGCAACGCCAACAGCACCUACAUCAACAUCAACAUCAGCACCCGCGCCCGCGCCCGCGCCCGCGCGAGCGAAAUCAGCCACGCCACCGCCCAUGGUCCCAGGCAGCCGGUGCACAUGCGACCACCACUGGCCGCGGCGGCCGCGGUCGAACUACGCCGACGCGAGCGUGCAGACGGAUCCUAUCCCAACCCCAACCCCAACCCCGGAUCCCGACCCCAUCAGCCUCGACACCUUCGCACCACCCCAUACCCGAAGGCCAAGCCGGCACCACUUCCGGCAGGAAUCAACCACAUCCACAGCCUCCACAGCGUCCUCCUACUCCGCGGCCACGCACAGCAAGCGGUCGAGCAUCGAGACCAUCACGACGCAGCCGGACACGUAUCCCGACCUCAGCAGCGAGAAGAGGAGGAAGAGGAGGACGUACUACGAAGGGGGAGGAGAAGAAAGGUGGCAGCGGUGGGAGCUGUCCGUGAACGUGAACCCGGUGAUCAUGGGGCGGAUGCAGGAUUACUUCCGCUCGUCGACGUAUACGCUGGGUGCGGCGUUGCAGUCGUAGGGGAUGGAUGGUGUAGGAUAGGUAUGUGGAUAGGGGGGGGGGGGUCGGGAGAGAAACUCUCGUCGCAACAGACGAGCAAAAGCAAGCCUGUGGCAGCCUAGAGAUCUGCUCUACCUAUGGCGAUUGGUACACACCUAAAUACCUACUCCUAGGUAGCGUCUGAAGAGGCAUUCAACUUCAUUUUAAUAUAUACCCUGGGUAGGUAGGUACCUGAGGUACCUAC